UGAACAUGGGGACCGUACAGACGGGACUUUAGACUUACAGAGACAGGGCUCCGGUCAUUAUCUCUCUGCCUCGCUCUCGAAUCGCGGUAGGUGUGACUUACUCCCCGCCAAGCCCCGUGCUUUCCCGACCAGUCCCUCUCGCGAGAUUGUUGACGAAAGUGAGACGUCCGCGCUGCACGUGUUAUUUCGCGUGAAAAGGAGGCAGUGCGUGCCAUUGCAACUUAUUCACUUCACACUCAAGCAAAAGAGGAGCGGUGUGAUGCUGAAGGUUUUGGUCGUCUUGGUGACCUGCCUCGUCGCCUCCACCGCCGCCCUGAAGCACUCGUGGCAGACUCCAGGCUGUCACAAAGUCGGCCACACCCGCCGGAUCAGCAUUCCCGAGUGCGUGGAGUUCGACAUCACCACCAACGCGUGCCGAGGGUUUUGUGAGUCGUGGUCGGUGCCCUCGGCCUGGCAGACGCUCCUCUAUAACCCCCACCAGAUCGUAACAUCUAUAGGCCAGUGCUGCAACAUCAUGGACACCGAAGAUGUGAAGGUGAAGGUCAUGUGCAUCGAGGGGCCGAGGGAGCUGGUCUUCAAAUCAGCCAGAACAUGCGCUUGUUUCCAUUGCAAGAAGUACUAGACCUUCAGCUCGCGACGUGGGAGGAGGAGGUGAUGGGGACGAAGAGGAAGAAGAAGAGAGAGGGAAAGACGCUGAGGACGUGGUGUUGGAAAUGACGGAGAAGACGGCGCUUCGUGUUGGAGGUGCCACGAGGAGGCAACGAACACUUCACACACAUUUUCAAUCUCUCGAGAUCGUACAUCGUGGUGUCCUGUUGUAUGUCGCUGGCUUUACUAUACCAACCCCAAAAUCUGUUGAUCCAAUUCAGAGCUGUUCAAAUGGAUAUCCAAUAAUUAUAUCACCAGAAUCAUAAAAAGAGUAUCUAUAUCACGAGGACUGUCAAGAUGGGGCCUCAGUGCUGGGCGGAUGAAUGCGAUGCCGGCCGCUCGCGCAUCAGGUCCUCGCGGAGACGGCGCUCCAACCACGACAGAUAUAUUUGGGCCCCGAUAUAUCCACCCCUGUGCGCUCCCCCUUUGCUGUGCUGCGUUUUCUCUUUCUAUUUUCCUUUCUUGUGAAAGGCCUCUGACAAUCACAAAAAACAAAUUGAACUGUAUGUAAAAAAUGCUCUCUCUCUCUCUCUCUCU